AUGCACCCAGAAGAUUUCAUUGAUUGGUUGGCUAUCGUUGAACGAGUCUUCGACUUCAAGAACAUUUCCGAAGAAAAGAGGGUGAAGUUAGUCGCCAUCAAAUUGAAAAAGCAUGCUUCAGUUUGGUGGGAGAACUUGAAGAGGCGUCGAGAACGUGAAGGAAAACGGAGGAUUGUGACGUGGGAAAAGAUGAAACGGGAGCUCAAGAAGAAGUUUCUUCCCGCAAGCUACAAGCAAGAUAUUUUCUCUCGGCUCUACAACUUCAAGCAAGAGGAGUUGACCGUAGAGGAAUACACCGCGGAGUUUGAGCAUCUCAUGAUGAAGUGCGAUAUCACUUUCGAGGAUGUUUGCAAGCUGGUCGUUCGUGUGGAGAAGCAAUCUAAGGAGAAGAGUACUCAUAAGACCUUGGGAAGAGACGGGGUCUCUAACCGGGGGAGUGCUCCGACUCCGAAGUCAUUAUCGACUGGUAAGGCUUCUUCUUCCAAGGCUACACCCGCCCAAGGUGGUACUUCUCGCAACACUUCAAGCACGAUAUCAAAACAAUGCUUUAAGUGUCGAGGAUUUGGUCACAUCGCUUCCGAGUGCCCGAAUCGGAAGAUUAUUUCCUUAGUGGAGGAAACUAAUGAUGAGCCGGUGUACGACACUUACGACGACGAGGAGAAUGAGGUUGAGCAAGAAGAGGUCACUUAUGGUGAUCAAGGGAAGGCUCUCGUCGUUCUACGCAUCUUGAAAUCCGCACAUGUUGAGGACGAUAAGUGGUUGCGGCAUAACAUCUUCCACACCCGAUGCACUUCCCAUGGCAAAGUGUACAUGGUCAUUAUCGAUAGUGGGAGUUAUGAGAAUGUCAUUUCCACUACCAUGGUGGAAAAGUUGCACCUCAAGGUGGAGCCUCAUCCGGACCCGUACAAGCUCUCUUGGCUCAAGAAAGGGCCGUGGUUAUAUGAUCGAAGGGUGAUUUAUGAUGGCUUUAAGAACACCUACUCCUUUGUCAAGGAAGGUGUCAAGAUUAUUCUAGCACCUUGUAGAAUGGAGGACAAGUCUAAGGCCGUCACGGGAGAAGGGAGCUCUUAUCUCCCCAAAUCCCAAUUUCUCCAAGUCAUGGAUCGUUCUUCGAAGGCUUAUGCACUCGUGCUCUUGGAGGAGAAUGAAGAACGAGGGGAUAUUCCACCCGUAGUGAAGUCUUUGCUCGAAGAAUUUCGGGAUGUGGUGCCCGAUGAGAUUCCGUCGGGACUUCCUCCCAUGCGGGAUAUCCAACAUCAUAUUGAUUUGGUGCCCGGGGCUGCUAUCCCAAGUAAGGCGGCGUAUCGAAUGAGUCCAAAGGAACAUGAGGAGCUUCAACACCAAGUCGACAAACUUUUGCAUAAGGGGUUGAUUCGAGAAAGUUUGAGCCCUUGUGCGGUUCCCGCUCUUCUCGUGCCAAAGAAGGAUGGAUCUUGA